AGUACGGCCCGAUACGCACCCCGUGCGCGGAGGACAAUCGCGAGUAAACCACCCUCGAACGCGUUCCGCAGUCGGCCGCGACAGUACGAGACGAGUAUCGCCCCGUUGGGGCGCGGAGGUUUUAAUCGUUGAUAAUUAGGGUAGUUCUCGUACGUCAUAAUUGGAGCAUCACGGACGAAACAACGUGCGCGCUCAAGUAACGAGUACUUUUUUGUCGUGACCGAAAUUAAACUUAUGAAGUGAAAAACCGAAUCGUUGUUAUUAUCGAAAAGUCCAAUCAAGAGAGUCUUUAACUGAAGAAAUUACUCUUCGAUGCAACCGGACGAACGAAUUUUCUCAUCGUUGUAGAAACGAGUGUCCGUUCGGAGAUCAUAUUUCAAAGAGGAAGCUCUUCGUUGCGAUUGAAUCCAUAGAAGACUAUUGGAUCAACGGCCGGUGAUCGUGACUUAAAUUGUGAACUAGGCGUCACUUCUCACCGACAGUUGGCACUGUUUGGCGACUGAACUGCACCUUCAGGAUUGAAUCGAGAGAUCAACAGGGACACCAUUGUCCUCGGCGCGAUUAACGAAUCAACCAAUUACCGAUUACGGAAAGAAGCCGGAAAGAAGGUUAAGCGAGAGAAACUGGAUUUAAUCGUCCUUAAUUCUGUUCCGUAAAUUUUCGAGAAACAGAAAGAGAAAAAGAGAGCGAGAGAGGAGGAGAAAAUACGGCGGCCAGCGCUUUGACCGCGCGAGUUUAAUUUCAGCGGGUCUUUGGAUUCGCUUAAUCACCGCCCGAUAAUUAAGGAGGGCCCUUCGAGCGACAACGACGACGACGACGACAACGAUGACGACGGAGGCGAUGAGAACAACUUAAUCACACCAUUUAAUCGGCACGCGUGUUUUCCGAAUCUCGGAUAAACGCGAUCGCGUUUUCGCCGCCGAUUAAUCUCCAGCCUCCAACCUGGGGUCCGGAGAACGGAUCGAGUCAAGUGUAAAGAUAAUAAAAAUGCAGCGUCUGAAAAGAAUGGAUGGGCCGGCGGUGCUAUCGAUGCCGCCGCUGACUUCUUCGCAAAAAUCAGCGCAAUCACCGCAACCACAAUCGCAUCCGAAACAGAAUCAGGAGUUGCAGGUGAGUACCGUGUCGCUUUACGGGAUCCACAUCGUGUCACUGGUGAUCGAGGGCCAGGAGCGACUGUGUCUGGCGCAGAUCAGCAAUACCCUGCUGAAACAGUUCAGCUACAACGAGAUCCACAAUCGUCGGGUAGCGUUGGGCAUCACCUGCGUGCAGUGCACGCCGGUGCAGUUGGAGAUACUUCGUCGUGCCGGCGCGAUGCCGGUGUCCUCGCGAAGAUGCGGCAUGAUCACUCGCAGGGAAGCGGAACGUCUAUGCAAGUCCUUCCUCGGCGACAACGCACCGCCCAGAUUACCCGAAGAUUUCGCGUUCUCCGUUCACCACGAGUGCGCCUGGGGCUGUCGCGGCGCUUUCCUGCCAGCCCGCUACAACAGCUCGCGCGCAAAGUGCAUCAAGUGCGCGUACUGCGGCCUAUUUUUCUCGCCUAACAAGUUCAUCUUCCACUCGCACCGUAUCGGCCCGUCGGACAAAUACGUGCAGCCGGACGCGGCGAAUUUUAACUCGUGGCGUCGACACAUGAAGCUGUCCGGCACUCCGCCGGACGAAGUGGUGCACGCCUGGGAGGACGUCAAGGCGAUGUUCAACGGCGGCACCAGGAAACGGCUUCUGGGCAAUUCGAACGGCUCUCGGGAAUCGCCGAGUCCGGCGAAGCAGCCCAGAUCGUCGCCAACCAGCGCCGCGCAGAUUCCCACCCUGGUGCCGACACCGGCGCAUCCCCGUGUACCGCCGUUCCCGGAACUACCCCUGCCACUGUCGCGCAGUCUCGUCAUGGACUACGUGUGGCAUCAGCAUCAGCAGGCGGCGGCGGUAGCCGCGGCCAAGACACCCAGCCCAUUCGCAUUUCCGUCCUACGCCCUGCCCUGGUUGGCCAAGCGAGGUCCCGUCCUGUUUCCCGGACCACUACCGCCACCCAUAAGCGGUUCCAGCCCCACGGAACCGCUGAUUCCGACUGUCAAUCCACCUCUGCAUCAAUCCGCGUUCCGUCCGGUGAUUCGCGGGCCGCCCAUCGUCGAACCGGCGGUCAUCCCGGAGCGACCGGUGGACGCCAGCCAGAAGGAGGACAACUCUGACGAUGAGGUCGACAUCGAGACGACGGAGGACGACCCAGUGACGCCGCUCAACGCGAGUCUUCAGAACCUUCAUUCGGCCUCAAAUUCCGCGAUGAGCAGCCACAGCGGACGGAGUACGUCGCCGCAGUGCUGGAGUCCUCCCCGAGAAACGGAACGGGAGGCUGAGAAGAUCGCCGAGGAAGCAGCGGCUCUGCGCGACGUGAAGACGGAAUUGCCGCCGGCGAGAAGUCCCGAGACAUGGCACGGCAGUGCCUACUAUCGACAUCUCAAUGUUCUGAAGGGAAACGAGUCGGCCGCAGAAAGGGCGGGCUCUGAUUGCUCGGCUUGCCGUCCUCCACGCGCUAUGUUUUACGGCCAGGUCCACAGUCCGUCCGCGCCGACCAAUUAAUCGAGCUGGACCAGCUGAAUUAAUCGACACGCAGAAACAGCAGCAUACGAAGAGGAGGACACAUUUAACCCGAACCGUUCCGUAAGCUUGCGACACGUCCGUUGCCUUAAAGCACACUCUCGUCGAACUCUAUAAUAUUCAAACUUAAGGGAGUAUUCUAAUCUGACCGUGUAAAAGUAUAUUUUUGGGAAUUUUUUUUAAAAUCUACACUUUUGUAUAUCUACUUAUACAUUAAAUAUCUAUAAAUUUUGAUAUCUCUAAAUGUUCAUUAAUUUUUAUGUUACAUAAAUUAAAAGUUUUUCAAGUUGACAUAAUUUUUCAAAAACUACUAUAUCAAUUUCAACUUUUGCGUAUAUGUAAAAUACAUUGAUCACGCAAACUAGAAUUAUUGCAAUAUCUGUAAAUUAAUUAUUUUUUUCAUACGUAUUAAAUUUUUUAAAAUUUAAUACGUAUGAAAACAAUAAUUAAUUUAUUAUUAAAAAACAUGCUUGUCCUUUAAAAUCGCGCCAUUAAUUUGCAAUAUUUUUCAUUCAUCCUAGCUCAUGAAAUAAACAGAUGUGUAAUUUACAUAUACGCAAAAGUUGAAGUCGAUAGCUUCAAUAGUUUAUGGGAAAUGUGUACAAGCAUGUGUGUAAAAACGUAAAAGAUGUGCAGCAGUUUCUUUCUUUCUUUUUUUUUUUAAAGAAAAGUUUUCAAAAAUAGUCCACUUUUUCCUGCUCUAGAUUAGACUACUUCCUUAAUGGUUGAAACGCAACAAUGAUUUAAUGUCUUUUUCAAAAGACUUGAGGAGAUUAAUUUUAAAAAUCUGACAAAAUUAAGUUUAAAAUUAACCAAAUUAUAAACAAAUAAAUAAAUUAAACUACAGCAUAAUUGGCUACAGUUCUACAAGAAACGUCCAACCCACAAUUAGAAUUGUUUGAUUAUUGUAAUCGAUGAGUGGUUCCGUACAUUUUUCUACAAUUUAUUUUCAAACAAAAAAGAUUCAAGUCUAAUAUGUGCCUAAAAUUAAUAAAAAACAGUUUUUACAUUUUUGAAACACAUCAAAUAUUAUUUGCACUUUUCUCAAAACGGACCUCACGUGGGUUGGACGUUCCUUGCAUAAACAAGGAGAAUUUGCAAAUUGAAUUUUCAAUUAAUACUAUUUAAAUUGAACCUAAAUUAAUGUUCCCGAUCUUUUAGAAAAACUCGUUGAAACAAUGUUGUGUCAAACCCUUCAAUUUAUAAUUCGCUUCACGUUCGCGGCAUUUGCUGAAAUCAGGCCCAGUUUUGUAGUUCUGAGGCCCUUCUCCGCGCACAAAAUGUGGACCCGUUACUAGCAAAAUAUUUCGUCUUACGUAUUUGUGAUACCAGAUAGAAACAGGCAUCGAUUUUAUCGCGUCGUCAAGUGGCAGCUUCUUGUCACCUCCGGUAAUGGAUCUUUACUAGUAGGACAGCGAUUUCGUUUUAGCAAGGAUGUUUGCGCGUCUCGUCCUUUUACGGCGUCGUAAGCAGGCGAACAGAUCGAUCGAAUCGAGAAGCUUGGCAGGAAGGCUUGCGAGGUUGUACUCGUUGUGAAUAUAGAGCGACGCUAGAAUAAUGUUCGCCGGAGGCACUAUCGUCUUCGAUAGAGCGAAGGAGGAGGUCACGUUGACGUUUACGAAUCCGACGAUUUCCAAGCGGAUUCGUUACUCUAGUCUCGUAUUACUCCGAUUGCGGUAAUUUUCUAGCAAAAUUCGCGAGAAGUUCAGUGUACGCGCGUAUAGAGAGAAUUCAGAGAUAAAUGAAGACAAGCAUGACUUCGAUACGACACGAAGACGCGUGAUUUACAUUCCAGAAUAAAUGCUGCGUUUCAUUUUCUACAAGAAAAAAAAUCAAAUUUAUGAAUGAAAUGAAAUAUCCUCAGUACGUUUAGCUUUGAUCUUUUCUAAAUAAACCUGGGACAUAUGCGUUAUAUUUAUUAUGCAACCAUUUAAUUGUUUCCUUCGUGAAUUAUUACAUACUUGUCUUUUGCUUUGCAAAAUGUUAUUAAAUUAGGCACCGUAUUAAAUUUUCAAUAAUAAAAAGAGAUUGUCAUAUAUUUAUUGAAAGCAGCUAAUUCCCUAACAGCACAUGAUAUCGUAUCGAAUAUUCUGGAAUCAUAUACUGUUAGGGUUGUUAUUUUUAUUAUCAGAUCAGAACUGAUAAUAAAAACUGAUUAUUAGGUGACAACUACUUUUAAUGAGAAUUUUAUUAGCUCGUUUGUAUCGAAUUUUCUCCCUGAGAAUAAUAUUCUUAACGGAAAAUUCAAUAGUUAUGUGGGAACUGAUUUAAUUGAGAAUUUGAGUCAUGCGCUCCUAACAGGAUACAUAAUAUAUAAUGCGUCAGCAGAGACGAACAUCAGUUAUAUUGAACUCGCAGUAAGCUAUCGCGAUUUCGUCGAGAGUUCUACCGCGACGCUAAUCGUCCCCUCCGGCUCAUCGAGCAGCCAGUGUAGCUUAGAAUCGAUAGACGUUUACCGCGAGGACGAUAUACACAGUGCAAUUAUACUCCGUUGCGUAAUCGAUUUAGGCCGAUCGAGGUGAACCGGACGGAUACGAGUCUAAUUAGAGGAGAGGAAAGAAUUCCCCGCGCUUUACGCCGUAAGCCGCAGCUGUAAGUACCGCCACUCUAGUAGAUUAACAUACGUAAGUUGCAUCAUUGAACAUAUUGUAGAUGACAGCGUGUGUGAACAAAAAAAAAAAAAAAACCACGAGUGUAAUCCAAGGUUCUAAUAAAAGAUCUUGAUCGC